AGUGUCAGUGUCAGUACAAAAUUUCUCCCGUGAAUCGCCGUCGAUUUGUGGCUCGUGAAAUUGAGAUUUAUUAUUAAUCAUCACUCUUCUGUGAGAACUAGUCCCAGUGGUAACGUGUAAUAAAUUUGUCUCAACUUAAAUACCAUCUUUAAAAAUGGAAGAAGAAAAUGUAAAAUUAUUUACCCGCGAAGAGCUGAAGUGUCGGAAUACUCCCGAAGAUUGCAUACUUAUAAUCCACAACGGUGUUUACGACGUCACUCAGUUUUUAGAAGAGCACCCUGGUGGUUUGGAGGUGCUCAUGGAGCUGGCCGGCAAGGAAGCCACAGAGCCCUUCGAAGACGUCAGUCACAGUUCUGAUGCAAGAGCGUUGAUGAAGAAAUACAAAAUCGGCGAGCUGGUGGAGGCGGACCGCACCCAGAGCAAGGCGGCCUUCUCGCCGCAGUGGGUCAACGACCAGCCGCAAGAGCAGGGCAACUCAUGGAGUUCCUGGGCGAUCCCGCUGUUGCUGGGCGUGGCGGCCACCGUGCUGUACCGGUACCUCUUCUUGUAGUCACCACUCGACCCCGCGCCAUACAACACAUGAGUACACGCAUGUACCAGUGCACACUUAUGUAUGGACUCGAUCCUCUGUGAGGAUCAAUUAGGAUUAGUUACUAAAUGAAUUUCAUAGUGACAUGGUAAUUCGAUUGACAAUCUUUGCCACGUUGCUAUGGUUACGCGCAAACAUACCUAAAAGUAACCGUUGCAGGUUUUCAAUAUUUGCCACUUUUACGUUUCCUAUCGUGCUAUCUCUUUUAUACGCACUGAAUGUAUAGAUUGUUAUUUGAUUUUGUAUGUAUAGCUAAAUUUGAGAUUUAUUCCAAAGUAUAUACCUAAGUGCUUGAAUGUUAACUGAAGUACAUAUUUAUAUGUAGUACAUCAUAUUAUUAUUUAUAUUAUGUGCUAUGACCGUUUACAAAACAAAUUCAUAACAUUUUGCGAUGAUCUAUAGAUAUAUUUAAUGAGAGUGACUGAGGCAAUAAUGUUUGUAGUGUGCAGAGUAGGAAGGCAAUAUUAUAAGAAUAUCGAUGCAUAUUUUAGUAAGUAGGACACUACGAUAUUUUUGUCACCUUCAUUCUUUGUGUAUGAAUAUAGCUAAUCACGAUGUUAACGCUUUACAGACGUAGGUCAAAUGUGACAUAUUGUAGUCGUAACGUCAAUGGGCUAUAAUAAAGCUAAAUAAUGUAAAGUCGUUGAUGGGUGUAUAAUUUAUAAGUUAUAUGACUGCAGGAAAAUUCACAUGAAAAGUAGUCUUUAAAAUAUGUAAUUCUAGUUUUGUAUAAUUUGAAAAAUAAUGCUUACGUUUUUUGCUAUGUAUUCUGCACAUUUUAUAGCUUUAUGGUCUCUAAGCAAAUGAUUAAUGAAGCUUGUUAUUGAAUUAUUGUUACUUUGGCAUUGAGUUACUAUGUUCUACGUACUAGAAAGGACAUCACUACUACACUUAUUGUAACACAAAUUCAAAAAAAAUCGUAGUGAGGACACAUGGUUACGAUCAGAGUAUUCACGUCAUUUCUAUUCAUUUUAUAGGAGGUGACAAAUACACCGCGAAGACAGGACAAAUAUAUUACAUAGUUUAAUAUAAAA